GUUGGAUUUAUGAGCUUGUGUGAUAUUUUGAUAGGAUAGUAACAAGUUGAUAAAUGGCAUUUGAAGAUAACGAACUUAUGGCAAAUGCAUUUUAUUACAUAAGAGAGGGGUAUCCACAUCACGCAUUCAAAGUCUUAGAGGCUGCUUCCAAAAAGUAUCCCAACGACCCAAUAAUCAAACUCCACAUUGGAGCUACAUUUGUUGUAGAAGGUUUAUUGCAAGAAGCACUGAAAAGCUUUAAUGAGCUUAAAGAUAAGGGAGAAUUUUCCCUGGCCUCAAUUGUUUCAGUAGCGCACAUUCAUAAGAAAUUACCUGAAAUCGAUCAAGAGGUUGUGAAAAGCUGCCAGAAUGAAAUAAGAGAGUUACGUAGACAUGCUUCUGAAAGGUCUCUCUAUUUUACUGCAUUAGUGCUAUUUUUCUUCCAACGUUAUGGAAAGGCUAAGGAAUAUGUAGAACGAGCUCUCAAUGGUAACCUACUUUUUAAAGAGGCUCUAUGUCUUAAUGGGUGGAUUGAUUUAAUGGGGAAUGAUAAGGGCUUACAAAAGAAUUCCAUCAAGUAUUUUGAGGAUGGUGUCAAAGAUGAAGAAGCAAUUUCAGUCGAAUGUUUGAUGGGUAAAAUAAAAUAUUUUCAGGUCUGCAAAUCAUUCUCCUCAGCAAUGGAUGUCAUAAACAUUGUAAUAGUAGGCUUUCCCAGCUUCAUUCCUGCUCUUAUCGAGAAAAUGAGGCUUCAGCUCGUAUAUCAAGACUGGGAGCAAGCUACAGAUACAGCUGUUAGGUGUUUAUCGGUUGACUCAACAUGCAUUGAAGCACUUAAGUUUCAACUUUUGUGUCUUAUUUGCUUUGAGGGGAAUUAUGCUGAAGCAUUAAAAAAGCUGAAUGAACUUGAAAUAGCAUUGGGAAAAUCGGAACCAAGAUCGUCAAACCAGUAUUAUCUGGUUUCCAAGCUUAUUUCAAUAGUUUGUGGUCGUCAUACUAUAAUGCUGCAGAAGGUUCAAGAACUAUGUGAACGUGCAGUUGAACUAACUCCCUGGAAUCACCAUUAUUUGAUCAAUUUAGGCCACAUUAUGCUCCUACAGGGAAAGCUUAAAGAAGCUGUUCUCCAUUUUCGAAACGCACUGACCUUGUGUGAAACAAGUAUAGACUGUUUAGUAGCUAUUGUUAAAUGUCAACUGGUUCAAAACAAUCUACAAGAAGCUUCAACUCAGUUAGAGUUCUUGAAUGAAUUACAACCGACGAUUGGAAAGUCAGCGGAAGUUAAUUAUAUGACUGCUGUGCUUAGACGUAAGCAAGGCUUACCAGUAUCACAGAUAUUACCGCCUUUGAAUGAAGCAAUGGAAUUACACCUUCGUAAAAUCCAAGGUGUUAGUUUGAGCCCUGAAUAUUAUGAACUUUUGAAUCCAGAUUUUUUGAUCCAACUUGUUAGUGAAUACUUAAUUCACGCCCCACCUCGACCUCCAAAUAUCAGUAGCACCUUUGGUGUUUCAAAUAACGGAGCAUGUGCGAAUCAACAAGAUGACUCUGUUCUCAUGAGAUGUCUACGUAUUUUAGAACCACUCACCUCUGCAGCACCAGGUUUUCAGAGAGGAAUAUACCUUAAGUCUUAUGUUCAUUACAUGUUGGGGAAUACUUCAGUAGCAUUGGCUAACGUCAAAUCAUGUUUAGAUGUUAAUCCUUCUUUCCUAGAAGGUUAUAUACUAGUGGCUCAGAUUUAUCUUUAUAUGUCAAAUUUGAAAGCUGCUGAACAGAUUUUAGAAACAGGUGUGGCUAAUAACUUUGAGGUACGUAACCAUCCAGUAUAUCAGCUGGUCCGAGCUCGUCUGAUGAGUAAACAAGGCUCAGCUAAAAUAGCUAUACAAAUAUUGAAACAAGCUAUUGCCAAUCUUUCAAAUCCACAAAACCGUUCACAGUCUGUAAAAUCAGAUAACUUUGGUUAUUUUCAAAGUGACUUAACACAAACUGACAAACUUUCACUGUACAUUGAACUUGCUGAUGCACAUCGAAAUGCUGGAGAACAACAUGAAGCUACAAAAGUUUUGCAAGAUGCUUACUUGGCAUUUGCUGGCACGAUUGAAGUCGCUCGAGUCACAAUUGCUAUGGCCAAUUUAGCCUUAGCACAAAACGAUCAUGAAACAGCACUAAACACCCUAAGACAAAUUCAAUCUGAUCAUCCGUACUACAUAACUGCGAGACAGCAUAUGGGUGAUAUUUAUUUGUAUCAUAGAAAGGAAAAGAAACUUUUUGCUGCGUGCUACAGGGAUUUAGCUGAGAAACUAGGCACAAACGAAGCUUAUCUUUUGUUAGGCGAAGCCUAUAUGACAAUUCAAGAACCAGAACGUGCUAUUGAAGUCUAUGAAUCUGUUCUACGUAAAAAUCCGAAUGAUUUACGUUUAGCUAGUAAAAUUGGUCAUGCAUUUGUCAAAAUUCAUCAUUAUGCUAAAGCUGUAUCGUACUAUGAGACUGCCGUAAAAACUGGUCAAAGUGGUCUUCGUUUAGAAUUGGCAGAUUUAUUGAUCAAUAUAAAACAAUUUGAAAAGGCGAAACGUUUACUUCACUCGGUGUUAACUCAUGAAGCGAUAGAAUCUGCCUCAGAAGUAAGUGAAUUAGAAGAAAUCUGUCAUGGACUAAGACUUCUGAUAAAACUACAAACAGCUGAAGAUGAUAAACCCGAGGAACGAAUCAAUAACUUAAAUCAUUUGAAGUCAGUUCAGUCAAGACUACUUAUGCGCGUACAGACUAGUGAAGUUGGAGAUAUUGUAAACGAACAGAAGAUUAACAUGUCAGAUGUCCUUCUCCAACUAGCAUCUGCGUAUAUGCAAGUUAUACAGGCUCAGUGUGGUGAUCACUUCAACACGAAUCGUUUCAAAGAUAAUCUUAGGCCAAUAACUGACCCAAACAAUGAACCAAUGAAAAGUUUAAGUCAGCAUUUAAUUACAAUUAUUAAUUUGUGUCAAGAUGCUAUGAAACAAGUAUCUACGGUUACUGGCUUAAAAACAUCUCCAUUUGGUCACCUAACCAACAAUUUACAUAAUUUAAACAAUUCAGUUUAUGAAAUUGAACCUAAUUAUACAAAAAGGUUGGCUAUAAAUAUUGAAGCUAGAGCGAUUGUUCAACUGAUUAAUUUGUACUUGUAUACAAAGGAUUAUGCAAAUUGCGAACAAGAAAUAUUGAAAUUAGGUCAAUUACAGGAGGAAUUAGAAAUUAGCUAUUCUAGUUCAAAUUCUACAGAUUCUCCUGCUGAUAUGAAUCCAGUUAAAAAUAAAUACAUUCCAGUAAAAUCGCCACCACCACAACAAAAUCAAAAGGAUAAAAACAUGCAGACUUCAUCUUUGUUUUCAAUUUGGUUGCCAAACAUUCCUUUGGCUGCAAUUUUUAUGUCAAAACUUAUGACAGCGAUGGGUGAUUUUCAAGCAGCAAAUAAACAUUUAGAAAAUGUACUACAUAAGUAUCCAUUAAAUUAUGAAACUCUUUCAAGUUUUAUUGAUACUCUUCGAAGAUCUGGAUUAUUGUCACGCAUUCCCGAAUUCUUAAGCAAAGCUCUUUCAUUUGAUCCUCAAGGUGAAAAUUCAUCUGGUUUGAACUAUUGUCGUGGGUUAUACCAUUUAUUCACUGGUGAGGCAUCUACAGCUUUAAAUUAUUUUAAUCGUUGUCGAAAAGAUCCAGUUUAUGCAGAAGAGGCAGUAUAUCGAAUGGUGGAAAUAUGUAUUAAUCCUGACAGUCAGCUGGCUAGUACUGAACAAAUUACACAGUUAAACGGCAACAACAAUACGAAUUCAUAUAAAACUAACACUUUAAAUAACGGCGAUGAAUCAACGCGAAACAGUGGUGUUGGUUACGAAACAGCUGAACACUUGUUAAAAGAAUUGAAAGUUGUUAAACAAAAAAGCGUUUCCGUUUUAUCUCAACUCUCUUAUUGUUGGUUACAAAGUCAAAAACGAAGCUGGAAUCCGCCCUGGAAACAUUUGCUCAGAUGUCACAAGAAGAUCCGGAUAGUGUUGCACCUAUUUAUGGUGCAGCUGCUUGUCACUUGGCUUUAAAACAAAAUCAAAAGGCAAAAAACCAACUGAAGAGACUAUCGAAGGUUCCUUGGAAUUUUCAGAUUGAUUGGAUGUUAUAGAAAGGUUGGAUUGGAAGAUUGUACCAUACAGGUUACAUCAAGUAUACACCAUAAAGGAGAAUUUGUUUUUAUUCACCACUUUUUAACAUCACAUACAUUUAUUCAGGUGGAAAUAACAUCAGAAAAUCUAGCCAUAAAAAGAAUAAAAUUGCAGAUGGUGUAAAUUACAUACCUAGUAGUGAAUUACCUUGUUGUUGUUUUUGUUUAUUUUUUGUCGAUUCGAACUUUUUAGUAGG